CAUGUCGAACGGGAAAUGAUUUGACACUGUCCUUGCGUCUAAAUUUAAUCGCGCUCGAGCAACCUCCGACUGUAAACAAUUCAAGUCUGGUGUAUUUGUAUGAUAAUGCUUUAAUUGACCAACUACCGUACGACGUCAUAAGGGAUGUGAAGAAAUGUAAAAGCGCAGGAGGCGCUGGUGCAACUUGAUCACUAUAAUAAUUCUUCCGCGAGUUAGCCUACUUGAAGCCACUGCCGCGAAACAAACAUGUCGGAGCCCAGCGGGAAAAGAUUAAAAACCAACCUGCCGAUCUGUAAGACGCACCGUGUAUUUGUCGGUAGUAAGGUUAAGCAGAAUCUCCCAGCAGUCGUGGAGGAGAGUCUCUGUGGCGUUUCGACCUUAAUUAUGGAAAUCGCUUACAGACUUCAAGCACUGGGAAAGAUAUUUGAACAGGAUAACUUGGCCCUUCCUAGAGUUGCAAGUUUCUUCCAACUGCAGUCGGAGAGGGAGCAGGAACAGGCAGAAGCCAUGCUCCAGUAUCUGAAUGAGCGUGGAGGACAGUACUGCAAUAAAGACAUCAAGAGACCCGGUAGUGAGGCGGUGUGCGGUCUGCUCCCUGCCCUGGAGUUGACACUGGCGCAGUGGAAGGAGGAGAUGGCCGUCAUGAUGGAGCUCUCCCAACUCGCCCGCGAACACAGCGACCCUCACUCUGCAAGCGUGGUCAAGAGCCGCUUCCUAACUCCGCUCGUCCCGAAGGUCAAGCUGCUCGGCGACCUCUUGACCAAUGCCCGGAGAAUGGGCUGCACGGCUGAUGGAGCGAGUGGCUACGGAGAAUACCUGAUCGACCAGCUCCAGGAAGAACUGACCUCCAGUGCUUGAGCUUCCUCACUUCCUGCUCCUCUCUGAUGGGUGCAUAAAAACCAGGCUGGUUUAGGCCGCAUCUGAAUCUGUCCCGUCUGUGCCUCUUUCUCUAGUGGUUCUGUUCAGCCAAGGGAAGUUUAACCUGUAACAUGUCCGCUUGAUGUAAAGUGUUUUGUAGAGAGUGUUUUGUGACUUGUAGGGAACUUUUCUAUAGGCUGACCUGUCAGUAUUGGCAUGGGAAAGGCAGGCCCGUUUUGAAUUAUAGUAGUAGGCUGUAUUAAAUGUUUUCAGCACAGUCACAUUUAAAUUGUAAUAAUAGACGACUAGUGAAUACACUGUUCCUAUGGCCUUUGUGAAUAGAUUCUCCUGAACUUUGUUGUUCCAAAGAUAUUUUCCUUUUGAAAUUAUUUUUGAUUAAAAGAAUAUAUGUUCAUACACAUUUGUAGACCAGCCAUCACUCCAUUUGUUUGACAUGACAUAAAUUGUCAGACCACAGUAUUUACGUCUGUAGUCACAUUGACACAUUAUGCAUCUGUAAGAAAUACUGGACUGUCACAGAAGUAGACAUUAUGCACUAUAUUUUGGGAGCAUGUCAAAAAGGUGUGGCAAAGGUUUUUGCCUUGUCAUUUUAUUGUGUUUAUUUUUUGAGCCUUCACAGUAUUGUCUCUAUUUUGAACUUGAACUUUGAAAAAGACUGUUACAAGCAUUUUGAAAUAAAGUCUUGAAUUCAGAAGUA